AUGGUGGGACAGGCAGUUCAUAUCCCUGGCUUCUGGCUUGAUGAUGAGGCUGAAGGACACGCUGUGACGGCUGCGUCGUCUGGGGACAGGGAAACCCACGAAGGACUCGACAUAGCAAAUUGCGUUUUGCAUUUUCCAGUUGAUACCGACCACAGACCAACGCUGCCAUCGAUCGCCUCUCGUGCAUCAUGGUCACCGCCUUCGCUUCCACCCAAGCUCACCACGGUCCUGCUCAAGUUCGACAAAACUACGGUCCUCUUACCCGUGACGAAGAAGACGCGGAUAUCCGAUCUGAAGACAGGCUUUCUGGCAGCCUUGAGCGGCACGAAGACGGCUCCGCUGAAUGCGGCGCUCGAGGACACGGCCUCCUUCCAGAUCUUUCGCCUAUCGAGUUCCCUGAAGGAUCAUGGCUCGGCUGGCGCGAACAGUAGCUCGCUGGAUUCGUGGGAUGCGCUGUCGGACGAGCAUGCGACCAUGUCCGAUCUGUCUGUCGAAGAGGCUGAGACUCUCGGAAUCGGUUUCAAAAAUCCAAAAGGGGAUCCAAUCUUAGGCUCUUACGAUCCACCAGUGAUUGAAAUUUGGAGAGAACAAGAAGCUGAUUAA